UCGAUAAUGUCUCAGCUUAGUAACUCCUUUUGCAUCCUCUUCCUAACGAUCCAAUUGUCGGAUUUCGUCCUGCCAGCUCCUACUCCAAUUAUUCCUUCUGAUUCAUCCGAUGGCCUGGUGACUUUUAGGAUGAGUAUUGACAGAGAAUUCGAUCAAUUGCUGCCCGAACUUGAGCUGAAGUUGUUGCAGGCACAGCAGCAGGAAGAAAAUUUGGAAGUGGUGCGCAUGCAAUUGCUGCAGAUGAACUUACUCAAGUUGUUAAUCGGCUUGGAUUGCUUCAUCUUGUUGUGCCUUUGGUACUACGCCCGAGAAGAAAAGUAUAAUCCAGUGCAAAAAGUUUGACCACAUUUUCUGCCUGCCUUUAUCUCAUAGCUAAUAUAGUUUUUAAAAUGUAAUUAAUUCGUUGAAAAACAAAAACAAGUUCGAAGCAAAAAAAUACCAUUCUGUUAAUUAAUUUUCAAAAUGUUAUUGCUGGGAAUAUUUAGAUUAGCUUUUAAAUUGUAGUAAGGCCACCACCACC